AUGCCGCCGCAGUUGAGGGGAUUUGGCGCUGGGGCGCCGUUCCCCCAACCCGGCUUCGCCUCCCACGCCCAACCUCAAGGCGGUCCCAUGGGCGCCAGCCAGUACCUCAACGCAAGCGCCCAGAUGGGCCCCUUCUCGGGUGCCAAUGCCAACACCUUCAGCGUCGCCGGGCUCGGCGGUCCGGCUGCCGGCUUCCCCGAUACCGGAUUCGGGAGCCAGAGUGCUCGGAUGGGCUUCACACACGGUCCGGCGGCAGCAGCGGCCGUCGCCGCCGCCAUGGCCCCGCCCCCUCACCACAGCGCCCAGCUCCACCACGCCCUGGCAGAGCACCAGCCCCUGAGGCAGCAGGGAAACAGGGGGAGGAUACGCGAGGUCUGGAAGCACAACCUUCAAGAGGAGAUGGCCGUGCUCCGAGAUCUCGUGGACAGGUAUCCUUAUAUUGCUAUGGACACCGAGUUUCCCGGCGUCGUCUCGAGACCGAUGGGAGCCUUCCGCGGCAAGAGCGACUACCACUACCAAUGUCUCCGCACGAACGUCGACAUGCUCAAGGUCAUCCAGAUCGGCCUGACGCUCUUCAACGAGGACGGCGAGACCCCGCCCGCCCGCCCGCAGUCGGCCGCCGACGCGGAGAUCGGUAUCGGGCGCCGGCAGGGAAGCCAGCCGUUCCCCUGCUCGUGGCAGUUCAACUUCAACUUCUCCCUCAAGGACGACAUGUACAAUGAGAAGUCGAUCGAGUCGCUGCAGCAGGCUGGCAUCGACUUCAACAUGCUGGAGCGCGACGGCAUCGACCCCCACGAGUUUGCGGCGCUGCUGAUCCCGUCCGGUCUGGUGUGCUUCGACGAUGUCAAGUGGAUCUCGUUCCACGGCGGCUACGACUUCGGCUACCUGACCAAGCUGCUCAUCUGCACGCCGCUGCCCAACGACGAGGUCGACUUCGACCACAAGAUGAAGCUCUACUUCCCCAGCACCUACGACGUCAAGCACCUGAUGAAGCACGCCAUCAAGCUGCACAACUCGGGCCUCCUGUCGCCGAGCGACCCGAUGACGGUGGAGAUACUGCAAAAGUUCGAGCACAAGUCGGGCCUGGAGAACAUUGCCGAGACCCUCAAGGUCAAGCGCGUCGGUGCCGCCCACCAGGCCGGAUCCGACUCGCUCCUCACCGGCAAGGUCUUCUUCCAGAUGCGCGACAAGAUCUUCAACGGCGACAUCCCGGAUGACCACGUCGGCAAGGUGUGGGGUCUCGGCGUCCCGGACUCUGGACUCAUCAUGGCGUCCAUGAUGGCUACCGGCGGCGGCGGCGGCGGCGGCGGCGGCGGCAGCGGUGUCGACUCGUCCCACGGCCAGGUCAACGGUAACGGACCCCAGGCACCCAGCACGCCCAACACCAGCACCGUCGGUCUGUCGACGACGCCGGCAGCCCAGAGCCACAACACAAACGGCCUGUCCCACAUGGGACCCAUGACUCCCGGCGGCGGCGGCGGCGUCUUUGGCAGCUUUGCCUUUACCGGCAACAACCGAUAG